AUGCAGACUGAAAUGCAGGUAAACGGAUUGCAACAAGCUGAGGCACUUCAGAAAGAACAUUCAAGACUUCGUGGCGAAAUCGCCGCUAGAGCUCCUGAAUUUGAGAAAGUUGCACGUUCGGGAGAGGCAAUGAUCCAACGUGGACAUUUUGAUUCAGCAAAUAUUGCAAAGAAAGUACAUCAGGUUACUACAGCUCUCGAUCGUCUCCAGUCUGAAUGGGAUCUUCGCGAAAGCUAUUUAGUACAAUUGGUCCAAUGGCAUGCCCUCCAGCAAGAAGCCAACCAAAUUCUGACCCUUAUUGCUAGCAAAAGAGCUACCUUGCGCCAACUGGCUGUUGGUGGCAGCGUUGCCGAUGUUGAGGGUCAACAGAAACGUCUGGACACUUUUGCAAAAGCUCUGUCGACUUUGGAUGAGAGAACGAAGGCCUUGGAUCGAACUGCUAAUGAACUUAUUGCCAAAAACCACAUGGAAAAGAACAACAUUGAAAUUUCAAAGAAGAAGGUGCAUGACGCACUUUCUUUACUUCACAAUGACGUGGAACAGCGCCAUCUUCUUUUGAAUGAUGCAUUCAUGGUGGCCACAUUCGAUCGUGAUGUUGCCGAUACUGAAGCUUGGAUUGAUGACAAACUUAAGAGUAUUCGCCUCGAAAAAGAACGACAAGGACAGUGCACUACGAUUGAAGACAAGAUGAAGCGUCUACAGAAGCACCAAGCUUUGGAAGCAGAA